AUGCUGCGGCGCAGUCCAUUAAUCGCCGACAGCUUUAAAGAACAUUAUCACCGCGUGCAUCUCCCACGUCGGCUCGCACUGCAGCGGCACAUCCGCCAACAAACAAUUCGCCAACAGAAAGAAAAACAAACACAAACACAACAACAACAGGAAGUACCAUAUAAGUAUAACAGAUGGUGGGUGAAUGCCGAUCAUGAGUUUGUUCAUCAACAUGCCUUUGUAGAGGACCCAGAGGUGACGAAAGCCAAACGUGAAGUUCUUCCACCGGUAACGAAGGAAAAUAUAUGGAAAGAACCACAGCAAACAUUUUUUAUGCCUUUCGCACCUUAUAUUCGUGUAGUGGAUUACCCAAAAGAUCCUGAUGCGAAAUUUCUUAAACCAGUAAAUAUCCCUCGUUGGAAAGAUUAUAUGCAGCGUACGAAGCCUGUUAUUCCUCGAACGUGGUAUUAG